AUGAGUAGUGGAAGCAGUAUCAGCGCAGGAGCAGGAUCAGGAGGAGGAAGCGGAGCUGGCAGUGGAGGAGGAGGAGCAGGAGGAGGAGGGCCUUGCGGGGCCUGCAAGUUUCUGCGGCGUAAGUGCGUGACAGGAUGCAUCUUCGCUCCCUAUUUUGACUCGGAGCAGGGCGCGACGCAGUACUUCGCGGCGGUUCACAAGGUUUUCGGUGCCAGCAACAUCUCCAAGUUGCUUCUCCACAUCCCCGCUCACAAGCGUCUUGACGCCGUCGUCACCAUCUGCUACGAGGCACAGGCUCGCCUCCGUGAUCCCGUUUACGGCUGCGUCGCUCACAUCUUCGCCCUCGAACAACAGGCGGACAACGUCCCAGCGACCUGA